UUAGGUGAUCUGAGAUUAAUCACAGAAUAUGAGCUAUCAAAAAACUAUGUAAAUAAUGUUUGUUUAUAAUAUGUAAGUGAAAAAUACACAAAAAUGUAACUAUUAAAACUGUCGGAGUCAAUUGUUGAAAGGUUUUGUCAUGAUCAAAGGUAACUCAAAAAAUACUAAGUGUAUUAGAAGGUACAGAACAUUUUUCAUCAUUGGAACAGUGAUUCUAGCCUUCCAGAUAUUCCUGGCCCUUAAAUUUUUAGCCCUUAAUAAAACUAUAGUUGAACCUAUUGAUAACAAAUGGCUAUCUAUAAACUUUGAUGAUGAAUCUGAAAUUCAAAUUAACUCUGCAAAUAGAUUGAAAGCAAACCAAGAUUAUGAAGCCAGCUCAGUUAUUAAAAAACAAAAACUUAAAAAUAAAACCAAUCAUACUUAUUCAUUAAAAUCCGAAGAUUUAAAUUUUGUGCCUGUUUGUCAAAUAUCAUCAAAAGAAGCAGUUUCUGCAAUAAACAGAGCUAAAACUCAGUUAUGUAAACAACUCAUAUCAAACAUUACUUGCCAAAUCAUUAAAAACGAUUUCUACCCCAAAGAACUUAAAGGAUCGUGUCCUACUGGAAAAUUUGUGGCUGGUAAAGAGUUAGGCUGUUUUAAAGACGAAAAGAAUUUUAGAUUAUUGACUGGUUACUAUGGAGUUAGUAAAAAUGAAAAUUCUCCCAAGUAUUGUAUGAAAUUGUGCUUACAAUCUGGAUUUCCCUAUGCUGGAGUACAGUACUCGAAUGAAUGUUUUUGCGGAAUAGAUGAACCACCUCUAACAUCAAAAAUUCCAGAUUCAUCUUGCAACUUGAAAUGUCCAGGAGAUCCACAUGCAACAUGUGGUGGAUAUUAUACCACCAAUAUAUAUCACACCGGUAUUAAAAGAUUUAUUGCCCAAACUGCUAAUACGGAAUCUACCAACAGACAAAUGAAAAUGGUAAAAAUAGUUUUUCUUUUAACUCUGAAUGGUAGAGCAUUAAGGCAAGUAAAAAGAUUGUUGAAAAUAUUGUACAGUACUGACCAUUACUAUUACAUACAUGUAGAUGUGAGACAAGAUUAUCUUUACCGUCAACUGUUGCCAUUGGAAAAAAUUUUGCCAAACGUUCGCCUGACCAGAAAAAGAUUUGCAACAAUAUGGGGUGGUGCUUCUCUAUUGAAAAUGCUAAGAUCCUGUAUGUGGGAAUUAUUAAAUAUAGAAGAUUGGAAAUGGGAUUUCGUGAUAAAUUUGAGCGAAAGCGAUUUCCCGGUGAAACCAGUACAAAAACUCACGGAAUUUCUAAGUUUAAACAAAAAUAAAAAUUUCGUCAAGUCGCACGGUAGAGAAGUACAACGUUUUAUACAAAAACAAGGAUUAGAUAAAACAUUCGUCGAGUGCGAAUACAGAAUGUGGCGGAUAGGAGAUAGAGUACUACCAUCGGGGGUGCAAUUAGACGGGGGUAGUGACUGGAUAGCUUUAUCGAGAAAUUUCGUACAGUACGUUGCAGAUCCCGAAACGGACGAACUCAUCGACGGUCUGUUGAAGAUAUUCAAUUAUACAUUACUCCCCGCUGAAUCAUUUUUCCACACAUCUUUAAGAAAUUCGAAAUUCUGCGACACUUACAUCGAUAAUAAUUUACACGUAACCAACUGGAAGAGAAAAUUAGGAUGCAAAUGUCAAUAUAAACACAUAGUGGAUUGGUGCGGAUGUAGUCCUAAUAAUUUUAGACCGGAUGAUUGGUCUAGAAUAACAAGCACCUUCCCGAAACAGUUAUACUUUGCCAGAAAAUUCGAGCCUAUAGUAAACCAAGCCGUUAUUUUACAAUUGGAAUUGUGGCUACACGGUGUGGAAGUACCCACCAAGAACGUACCGAAUUUACAUGCCUAUUGGCAAAAUAUCUACCAUUCCAAAGAUUUGGGGAUGCCACACGAUGACGGUUUAUUAACUUUGAGCAAUACGAUCAGAAGACUAGUUUCGAAGACGCUCAAUAAUUCUUGCGAUUUAGAAGCUCUAAUAGAAAUAACUUCGUAUCAUUAUAAUGAUAGUUAUCGGUAUACUCUAUUCAAAUACGAUAGUUCUAAUUCACUUAAUUUGGAAAUAGCCGUUAAACCCGUCGAUAAAAAUGUUUUAUCUAAAAAUUCUACGUUAAUGACAUAUUUAGAAGUUCUAAUGGUAUCUACGGAUUACGAUCAAAAAGAACAACUUUCUAGAAAUUUCCUCAGGAUAAUUACACCGCUAUCCGAACCUGUACUGAUCUAUAGUUUCUUCAAAACACCUGGAUCCAAAUUUUAUAAUCUCACAUCAAUAUGGAUAGCACCGGACGGGAAUCUCUAUGGAGUUGUCGAAUUCUCCGUCGAUGGUUCUUCUUUAACAAAUUUUGUCAAGUCUGGUAUUAAACAACCCAUUUUACCCGGAAUUUGGACUGUGAAAAUUCUCUACAAAAAUACCCAGCUUGCGGAAACAAAAUUUCCAGUGUUUCCUUUAGAAUAUUUCAAUGGAUCACCAAUUAAAACCAAUCAAAUCACAUAUCUGCAUGGUGGUUCCAAAGAGAAGAAGGAAUUUAAAAAUUCUUUCGAAAAGUUUCUACCGGUUGCUCAACAAAAACAAAAUUUCGAAGCUAAAAGUGUGACGAAUUCGAAAAAGACCGGAUCGGAACUUACCAAAUGGGUAGACGAACUGUUUUUCGAAUUUUAUAGAAUUAAGAAAAUGUGCGAGAGUGCGAAUUUGACGGAAUACGAAAAAACGUGCAGUAUACUAGUAGAUAGUUGCCAUAAGAGUAAUUGGAGUUCUUUUGCUCUUGAUCCUAAGAGUGCCAUAGGAACAAUAAAUUUGACCACCAGAGCUUUUGAUAUUUGGUAAAUGUUUAUUCAGUACGCAUAAAUAUGAAAUAGCAAAACCGAUUCUCUAAGAUCAUACCUAAUCAUUCCAAAACAUCAUUCUGACAUUAGUUUCAUGUAAAUGCUCCAAAUAUUUCCAAUCUCAUGAGGCUAUUUCAUUAGAGCCACGGUUGGUUUGGCCAUCAUGCCACACAUAGCAGUCAGCAUGCUUUCUUUCACAUUCGAGAUUGUUGAAUUAAAUGUAAUAAAAUGUCGAGACGUAGCCUCUAGGACACGGCAAAACCACCUGCAGGUCGAAUACAGCAACCAUGUUAUUAGUUUUAUUAUCCAUCUCAAUCCUGGAUACCACUUUUUCAUUCAUGUGGCUCUCAUACUGAGGUUUUCCUUUUCCUUGUCACUUGAAUUUUUAAACUUGAUGCAUCUCAUUGAUCUUUUUUAUAUUUACUAUAUUCAAUGGUUUCUUCUUUGUAGAGGUUCAUUAGAUUUUUAUCUCCAUCUUUCUUUCAAGGUUCGUGCUAUGCAAUAUGCUUUCGGAUUUUUUCUUUAAUCGCUUGCGAGACGUCUGAGUGAUUAUCGUGCUUUCCUCUUAUGUCGCCAAAAAUAAAAUCAUGUCCAUCAUUAUUUCUUUGUUCUUCCUGUCACUGAUACCUAGUGUAGCCACAAAGAGUUAUUUGCAGAACCUAGUUCUUUCGGUACCACGAAGGAAAUAAAUUUUUGUUUCAUAUCGACAUUUCGGUCUAACAGUCUCGGUAUUUUCACCAAUAAAGUCUGCCAUGCUCCAAAAUGAGUCAAAUUUAUCUUGCAAGUCUUGAAAAUUUUUCAAAACACUUCAAUCUACACUUUUCACCACAGAGAGGUAACAAUUUUCGUUGGCUUCUUGUAACCAAUUCUUUUUUGACCGUUCCAUCGACUUUUCUAGUUUCCUUUAUUGACUUUUCCAACUAUUUCUUAACAAUUUGGAUGCAUUCUUUUACCAUUUCGAGGGAUUCCUGAUUCUUUUUAGAGUUUUCUUUUUAAAAUAAGACAUAGUCAGAAUAUUGGACUAAGUUUCUCCUAAUUUGCCAAUAGGUUUUGCAUUUAAAUCUCCAAAAAUUUCGGGUAAAUUUCUGUGAGCACUAACGAUGGAGAAACCGUCGCCGUUAUUUUGGGAGCAAACUGACACAAAAAACUGUUUUUAAAAAAUUAUAUGAAAACUAAAUUACUUUAUGUGUCAUUGCCUUAUGGCGGUAAGAAGAAAUAACAUAUUGACUGUGGUCAAUAUAAACAUCCUCUGCUAGUUACAUGAAAAAGAAAAUUAACCUAUUGACCCUCGUUACAAGUAAUUCCAGAACAGUCUAGAACACUUCAGAAUAUGUAAACACUGCUUAGUAAUAUGAGAAAAGGGCAACUUAUAGAGAAACAACGAAUAACCUAUCGGACUUUGCUUUGUGAAGUUUUAGAACAGUCAGGAACACUCCAGAAUAUUCUAUAACUACAUAACCAUAAGGACAACGACCCAGUUAUAGAGAAAAAAAGAUUAACCCAUUGAGUCUCGUUACAAGUAAUUCCAAAACACUUCAGAAACUUUGAAAACUAUUUAGACAAACGCUAAAUAUAAAUUAAUAUAUAAAAAAUAAUUAUAAAGGCAAUGGGCAAAGUUUUUCCCUUUAUCCGUAAAGUGCGCAUACACAUCAUCAGUGGUCAUACGUGGGGCUGAACUAUACUUGUACAAACCCCUAACAUCCUCCUUUUUAACGCCCAACAUUUUUGUGGUUCCCAUCCUAGACCCCUGUUAGUAUUCUACAGAAUGGCCGUUCUUUUUUUAUUUUUGAACUGUUCUUUCUCGUGGUUUGGUCUUUGAUCAAACUGUCCCGAUUCUGCAAUAACAAUGGCCAUGUUAUAAGGGAAUAAUUUGUAUUCAAUAUAAUGUGUCAAAAAAAAUUGUAGAGACAGGUUUUGUUUUUGAUUUGUGCAUAUUGAUCUAACUUUUCGCCUUAUAUGAAUGUGAUAACAUUUGGUGCUCAAUUAUUUUUUAAUUCGAUAUCGACUGAUUACAAAAAAUUUUCCACAUUUGUCACUUUUUCCAUUAAAAGGGUGAAACUUUUUCAUAUAAACUUAUGUAAUUAAUAAAAAAUAAAAAUGUGACAUUUCUCCAGCUCAGGUAUUCACAUUGCAUCUCAAAAUUUAUCGAAAAUGUCAGAGCUGGACUGGAGUGAAAUAAGAUUUGGUCUGGUGGAUCUGUCAGUACUGAAUUAAUUGAAUUGUUGUGGCCAAAAAUAAUUUGAGGGAAUUUUAUAAAAAAUGAGUGACCAAGUUGAGCUUUUUCAAAAAAUUAUAAGAGUAGGAAUAAGAAAGGUCCAAAAAUACACUAAAACGCUCUGGACCCCGGAUUAAUUUACUUGCAAUCGUGAGAACUGAUUCCAAAACGACUCUUCUCUAGGUCUCUAAACGAACUCUUGAGUCCUUCGGAAUUUCUUCUUUUUAUAGGAGAUCCAUUUACAAAUUUUAUUAUCAUAGGUUGUUUGUUAACAAUCGUUAUUUUUAUUGAUUUAUUUCUUUACUAUUCGAGUUACCGUUUAACACAUUCCAAACUAUUUACAAAACGAACGAACCUUUGCUAUGUAUAGUUUAUCAACGAUUCUAAAGCUUUAAAACAUAUAGCUACAAUAUUUUUUCUCUCAAACACGUACAAAUUAUGUUUAACUGAACGACAUUUCAUCUCUGUUAACUGCACUUCUUUUACAGUAAAAACUUCGUUAGUGUUUAUAUUUUGCUCAUUCAAAGCUGCUACCCAACCACCGGUAAGAGGUUUCGUUUCCAAUUCUUUCAACUUCUUACACAAUUUAUUCGUGUACUUCGUUAUAUCUAAUAACGAGGUCGUAUCUCUUUAAAGAUUUUGCUGAUAUCUUGAGUAUACUUCUAAUAUGUCAGCUGAAUAUGAUAAUAAAAUAUCCUUGAGCUUCCUUUUCUUCGCCAUUACAUAGUUAAAACAUUCUAUGACUGUAAAAUAGCUACCACUAAUAGAUUGGUGAAUUUAGUCCAACGAAUAUCAUGAUACUCAGGUAGACUUACCAACUAGAGACCAUUUGCCUUUGCCAUAUCUCUCAAUUCUUUCGUGCGUAAGACACUUACGUGAAAGAAAGAAGCGAUCCACGAUGAUUAUUUGAUCAUCUUUCCUAUCUCAAGUACAGUUUUAGUUGUUAAGCCCCAGGAUAAUUCAGAUCUAAAAAGUAUCAACGUUUUUUUCAAUGUAUUUAUAGUUAGUGAAAUGAUUUAAUAUGUACAUUUCCAAUUUUUUUUAGCUUAUAAAGAAUUAGCUUCAGGUAUGCAACGACCGAUGGGAGUCUUUUCUAAUAUAUCAAAACUUUUUAAUUUUGAUUGCAUGUAAGCUUUGAGACAUUCUUUGUGCACCGGACUUUUCAUGUUUUCUUCUAGGAUUGCAUUCCUGAACCUCGUACCUUUCUAAGUCGUAAUAGGUGCUUGCUUAUUAUUAGAUGAAUUCAUCUUUACUACGUCAGGAAAUGGGAAAUCACAUUUGUUUUUCACUUAGUGGUCCCCAUUGCUGUGAAAAUGAAUCAAAAGUUCCUUUCUGUUGACAAGAUUUUGGUUUCACUAAAAGCUCACGAUGGUUUACUCAGUCCUUUGCUUUCUUGUUGCUUAUUUUUGGCAUCAUUGUGUGUUUCGUAAAGUAUCUCGUCAACAUUUGAAUCAUCUGGAUUAUUAGAAUUAGGAACAAUCUCUCUAAGGUACAAAUACUAUCUUGCAUGUGUGCAACCGGGGUCAUGAAAUCGUUCCCAACAGCUGCACUAAAGGUGAUUCUACAUCUUCCACCUCUCCAUAUAGUACUGGAAAGCGUAGCAGAAAAAACAUCACUUAGAAGGUUAAGAGAAGUAAUCACCAAAGAAUAAUCGUACCUAUAUAAUUACCAAACCUGGGACAUAACUCAAGAUACAUCAAAAAAAUUUAGCUUGAAAAAAAGAAUUACUUGAGCUCUAAGCUUUAUAAGUGGAAUUAAAACACCAUAUAAGAAAUAAACAGAAAUGCCAUUAAAUAGUAUACGGAGGGAUCUAAAGCAGCAAACAGAACUGCAAUAGGAGUGUACCAAACAUUCUGAAAGCCUACCGCAAUAGCCAUGCAGCCAUUAGAGCUUUAAGCUCCAAUAUCAUAAAAUCCAAGCUCGUUUGGUAUUGCCUAGAAAAAUUAAACGAGCCAGGCAAAAAAAUUACCCUACAAUGGAUUAUGGGACACAUUGGAGUGAAGGGAAAUGAAAGCUAACCUGCUCGCUAAAGCAGGGGCAGACAAGAUCUUCAUAGGACCUAAACCCUUCUGUGGUAUCAGCUACAGAACAAUAGCAACAGCAUUGUAAAAGAAGGUAGAUAGGAGCAAAACCAAUUAUUGGGACAACCUACAGGGGUCGAUACAGACAAAGACUGUCCUGGGAAUCUAUUACCAGAGUAGAUCUACAGACACAGACACCUGAAAACACUAGACUUAGCAGAUACUACGGCGUGCAGUGUCUGUUUAACAGAGGAUGAAACCUCAAACCACAUUCUCUCUUACUUCAGACCUUUAAAGUACUACACCUGGAAGCGUAUGAAAUAGAAGACGAAGAUCUCCGGCAGCUACAUCCAUCCCACAUUCUGACCUUUCUAAAAGAAGUGACAUCAACAGAUCAGCUAUAAACACUAGGUUCGCCAGUAUAACAGUUGGGACUUUUGUGAGAAAAUGAUGUCUCCAUCUAUUGAACCCCAUUACAACUUAAUAUUUGGCACCUAUGACCUUUCUUUAGCUGUAAGUGUCAUAUUUUACAGUAAAAAUAAUUUUUUAAAAAUUACGAUUAGAACCCUUUCUUACUUCUACUUUUCAUUCGCUAGGUUUGGCAAAACAUCAUGUGGAUAAGUUUCCAAGGAAUGUACAAAAAGUACACUUGAUAACAACCCUAAUGUGUGUUUUUUGUUUACUAUCAUUCUUAAUGAUACACCCUUUGGAAAUAUUUUUUUAAAACACGGAAAAAGUGAUAAAAGUGAAAAUGAUAGAAUUUUUAUAGCAAAAAUUGUUGUAUAUACAGUAUGAUAAUAAAAAUUUGACCAAUAAAAACAA